AUGGACUCUUUGUCGGAGCAACAUCAGCACAGUUCCCCGGAAUCGUCAACUCACACGUCUUCCGAGCCGACAAAAAAGAACACAAGGUCAAGAGGAACAGCAGCUAGCAACAACAACAAUAACAAUAGCAACAACAACUCGGCUGCUGGACCACAACAGAAUCGUCGUAAUAAGAGUAUGCGUGCAUGCGACGAGUGUAGAAAACGCAAGGUCAAAUGCGAUGGUGUUCAACCGUGUGCUAAAUGUCGCAAAUCAGAGAUUGAAUGUGUCUUUGCCAAACUUCCUCCCAAGCGUGGUCCACCAAAGCAGUAUAUCGAAUUACUCGAAGCACGUCUUCAGUUGAUUGAAAAGGCACUUCGUACCAUUGAUGGCCCUGCAAGACGUAUUUUGGAUGAAGCUUUAUCACUCAAAUCAACAACAACAUCAUCAUCAGCAGCAACAACAGCAGCAGCAGGAGGAGGAGGAUCAUCAUCACCUUCGAGUAGUAUCAACGAGGAUGGAAGAAAUUCACCCAUCAUUAAAGAAGAAGAGGAAGAUGUAAAAGCUGCAUCAACUUUCAAUCAUAAUGGUAUCGGUGAGGCCGACAAGUUCAGCAUCAAUGAGAUUGGACAAGCCAUGUAUGUGAACGACAAAUUGGCACGUAUUGAUCGCCUCCAAAUUGGUGGACGUGGUGGUGAUGUGGAUGGCAGCAACUAUACCAGCAAUGAUACCAGCUUAUCUGGGAGACGCAGUAGUAGUAGUCGACAAGCAUCACCCAACAAAAAGACGAGUCAAAUGGAUAAUGCCAUGGAUACCGACAAUGAAUCAACAACGAGUACCACGACAACGCCAGCAGGAUUGCCACAAGAUGUUCCAAUGUCUCUUAUCAAGACUUUUUUCUCGCAGCUGCACAAGUAUAUACCCAUGCUUCACAAUCCUCUCUUUCACAAGCAAAUGGGUAACAAGAAUGAUCCACCUUCGCCAUUAUUGCUGUACGCCAUGUGUGCCGUUGCAUCACGUUGGACAAGCGAACACAAUCACCAUCCCACGCCUGGUGUUAUUGCGCCUGGAUUUAUCUUUUAUCAACGAGCAUUUGCAAAGAUUGACGAAUAUUCAGAUGCACCACGUUUAUCCACCAUUCAAGCACUUUUACUAUUGACAAAGUAUCAAGAAUACUAUCGUCGACUCGGCUUUUUUCAUCGACCUGGUAUCUAUCUGGGGAUGGCUAUCAAGAUGUGUAACGAUCUCGGCAUGUCCAAACUUGAAGGAUCUCCGCGGAAUGGUGAAGAUGCCCAAGACCACGAGUCAAAGAAACGUACAUUCUGGAUGGUGUUUACAUAUGAUCUCAUGAUGAGUAUCGAGCAAGGACGUGAACCAUGUUUCAACAAUAUCGAUUGCAUCACCGAAUAUCCUUUGGCUACAAGUGAGGAAGGACCCUUAUUGGAGGAAGUUGUCACCAACAACAACCUGAUGAUUCAGCUUGUUCGCAUCUUGUCUGAUAUUUAUGCAUUGAUUCGGCGUGUGGCAGCAAGACAAAGUGCUCAAGGCGAUCAACGUACGCAGAUCCAAAUCAUUGAGGAGCAUGGUCGAUUGUUUCUAUUGCACACCCAUCUUGAGAACUUUGUACAUGAAUUACCAGCAGCACUUGGAUACUCACCUACUCAAGGGUCACCCGCUUACCCUGCCGAUAAGCAAGCCAUCAGCAACGUUUUUGCAGGAUUCCUUCACAUGACUUUCCAUUUCAGUGUCAUUUUGCUUCACCGACAUUAUGUGCUGCAUCCUUUGCCCGAUUGUGAAAUGGAACUGGAACCCUAUCAACACGAACUUUUAUGUGCCAGCUCAGCUUCCAAUAUUACAACCAUUGUAGACACUAUGCUUGAGACCCAUCCAGUCGACGUGUUUAGUUAUCCAACACGAGGUGUGCAACAAACAAUCCACUUUAUCACCAUGGCAGCCACUGUACACCGUGAAUUGAUGUCCAGCUCUGAUAAGACGAUGGCAGAGACAGCCAAGCAACAACAUGCCAAAACAAUUCAAGUAUUGAAUCGUCUCGCUACUGAAUCUCCAGCAAUGGAAUUCCAUGCACAAAUCAAGGAGGCCGAUAUGAUGCAAAUUAAUAGCAGCAGCAAUACCACAAAUGCUAACAUGAGCAUUGCAUCCAUGUCUCCGGAAACUACAAUGAUGCCCUCAUCUGCACCACAACACAUGCCUGGCAAUGAUCGAGCCUUAUCCGAUGUCUCCUCCACAUCAUCAUCACCCACUCUUCCAUCAACAAUGGGAAUGGCAACUCGACAACCACAACCUCAACCACAACAGCAAACGUACAUGUUGCCAAAGAAUCGUAGACAUACAAUGGCGGGUAUGCCUUCCAUCAAUACGACCUCUGCUACUUCUACGAACAUAGGCACACCAGUGAUGCAUAUGGGUAAUCACGUGUCAAGUCCCUGGAGCCAUACACAAUCAUCAUCGCAACAACUCCUUGGAGCGGGUCAAAUGCCAUAUAUGAUGGAUCAUGCAUCAUUAUUCAAUUCAAGUGCUGCCAUUGCAGAUCCAGCUCGUUUUGCUUCACUGAUGAUGCAAAGUGGUAUCAACAUGCCUAUUUACAAUCAUCAUCAACAACCAUUACCCCACAUUCAGCAACAACAACAUCAGCAGCAGCAGCAACAGCAGCAGCAUGCACAUCCUUAUCAAACACCCUCAUUCAUGAACAACAAUGGCAAUCCACAUCCAUAUGUACCUCCACGCAAAUCACGUCUUAGCCAUCCAAUGUCGUAUUCUCAAGAAGAUUUACGUUCAAUGCGAAGAGCACACAUGAACAAACCUAUCAACACUGGCAAUUUCCCACCUGCACAUGCACGCUCAUCACCAUUGCCACCCGACUUUGUAUAUCCAGGCACACCGCCAUCAUUCUCAGAUAUCCCAACAACACCACCAUCUCCAGGUGAUGGAUACUCAAUGAUGAAUAAGAUGUAUCAGCAUCAGCAUCAUCAUCAACAACCACGUAUGACCCGUCAAUUGAGACGCCAAUCAUCCAUGACAGCUAUGAUGCCUUCUUAUUAUGCACAACGUCAUCAACAGCAGCAACAGUAUUUGCCUCCACGUAACCGGCAUACACAGCCUCCUCCUCAUCCUCCGCCACCGUUGCCACAGCAACAACCACCUACCUCAAUUCAGACAUCACCUUUUUCAUCCAUGGCAACGGUUGCUAUGGGACAACAACAACAGCAACAACAACACCAUCGAAGACAUACGAUCUCUAUCCCUGGUGAACCACCCUUAGGUACACAACAAAGUUCAAUGCAACAACAAUCGCAAUAUCAAGAUCAAUUACCACCAGCUACACCCUAUAUCCCAUACAAUGACAACAGCCAAGCAAGUGAUAAUACAAUGAUGAGCGUGGAUGGUACGACUCCGGAUUAUGCAUCAGUCAGCUUUUCGCAAUCAGACAUGAGUACGCCUAUGGAUACAACGGGUACAAUGAUGAUGCUUGAUCCACCUACAAGUGGCGCUGCCGAUGCUGCCAUGAUGUCAGAUUUAAUGAUUGGUUCGGAUCAAUGGCCAAUGAUGGCUGCUGCUGCCGGUGGGAACCUUGAGGAUUUGCAGCAACGUACAGAAGGCCAUGUCAUGUGA